GACUACCCUGACAUCAUGGCCUUCCAGUACCGCUGGACGGGUUAUCUGAAGAGUAUUGGCUCCUUCUUCAUUGGCUCCAGCCCCGAGUUUGAACUGGCCGUGUACACGCUGUGCUACAAAACCAGGCCCAACAAGCUGUGCACGCUCAGCCUUGGUGGGAAAUCGGCUCAGAUUCAGACUUACUCCUGGGCCAACUCAGAGUACGGAGCAGGCAAGCAGUACCUCGCCUCCUCGUACCCCAACUCCCCCUGACCCUC